AGAACUGGAACUGUCAUUCUUCGUUCAGAAGAAGAGUGUGUUGCGUUUUUCGAAAUCGAUAACAACAAAAAAAAUAGUUUUUGUUGAUAGUUUGGAUGGGUGUUUAAUGAAUAUCAGCAGGUGGAGACGCAGCAUGGCUGAUUGGGCGAAUAUCCCUGUACCUCAAGCCAGGUAUUCACUUUUACUUGACCCUACUAAGACUAGCAGGAAGGGCUUCUUCGAGAGGAACAAGUGGAUCCUGUUCGCCCUCUCAUCAUGCCUGAUGCUCCUCACAACACUGUGGCUCAUGUUUGUGCAUGUCAACUCCGAGGGACUGCUCUAUCCCCACGACAGAUCACUCAAAAGAAUUCCGGAGCACUGGAUUCGGAGAGCCGUGAAGUACAGCAGCUUCAAUCAGACCACUUACAAUCGGACCAUAGACUUCAACUUGGACGUUCCGCAGAACGUCACACCUUCCGCCACCGAAUUUAAACUCGUCUGUUACUACGCUCUUCCCGCCGAAGCGGAAAUCUUCUUGAGAUUAUAUCCGGAAGGUCUGAACGCCUCGUUAUGUACGCACAUCAACAUCGCGUUCGCGACCAUUCGCAACAACAGCAUCUACUUGAACCCGAAACAAGCGAAGAAUUGUCGCGCCAUCGUCGAUCUCAAACUGGAGAAUCCAGAUCUUCAGGUGCUCAUUUCGGUGGGCGGAGCCGGAGACGUGAACGGAUUCAUCAAGAUGGUCCUGAAUCACGCCAAUCGCAAACAAUUCAUUAAGAGCGUUUUGGACUUGAUGAAGGAGUUCAAGUUCGAUGGCGUCGAUUUGGAUUGGGAAUUCCCUGGGAACAAUUCGACCGAGAGGAUGCAUUUCACGCAACUGCUUCAUGAGAUUCGCGAGGAAAUCGAUAGGCAGGAAAAGCAUAGGUUUCUAUUGACUGUCGCGGUUGGAGCUCCAAUUUUCAUAAUCGACACCUCGUACGAUGUUUCCUACAUAAAUCGCUACGUGGAUUUCGUAAAUCUGAUGUCGUACGACUACCAUUUCUACACUAAAGUAACGCCGUUCACCGGUAUGAACUCGCCGCUGUACGCAAGGGACGACGACUUCCUCUAUUUGGCCACCAUGAACAUCAACUAUUCGGCGCAUUACUGGUUGCAUAAGGGUUUGGAUAGAGAGAAGUUGGUCAUCGGACUUCCCACCUACGGACACAGCUUCAGAUUGAUCAACUCCGCGAAUAACGGCAUCAUGGCACCGUGUCACGGCUACGGUAAUUUGGGUCUGAACGGUUUUACAAGCUACAGCGAAGUCUGCAUGUUUUUAUCCAAGAACAAGAUCACUCCCAUCUUCGACAUGGACACCAGAAGUCCUUACGCCACUCGCAACCACGAAUGGGUCUCCUACGACGAUCUUCAAAGCAUCACCUACAAAACCGAAUACGUGAGAAACAACAACUUCGGCGGAGUGAUGCUGUUCGCGCUCAACACCGACGAUCAUAAAGGCGUUUGCGACGGAAAAACUAAGUUUCCGUUGACGUGGAAAGUCAAGGAGGUUUUGGAACGCAAAAACGAGAUGUCCAAGGUGCAGGAUAUCUCAGACAACUUCAAUCCCUGAAUCCCAAGUCUUUCCCAAAACAUGUAACGUAUACUUUUAUCAAUAAUUCCUCUCUUUCUCCUAUAUUCAAACCCCAAAAAAAAAACCCUCUUUAAAUCAACGAUAUUUUCGAUUUGCUCCGAAGAUUGAAACAAGUUUUAGCGAUCGGUAAGGUACGAUAUCAGGUCUAAACUAAUAGAGAUAUAUAUUAAAAAAAAAGAGAGUGCAACGGGCUGUGAGCAACUUAUGUGAUUAUCAUUUUAAAUGGACUUUUUUUUCUUAAAGUUUCGUCAACAUUCGUAGACUACAAAAGUCGCCGAUUUACAUGCCAAAAUGUAAUAAUUAUAGCGUUCUUCCACUUUAUAUAUUAUAGUAAUUUAGGUGCGCGGCCAAAGAUUUAUUAAAUUAAUUGAUCUACAAUCUUAAAUUAUGCACCGUAUUCAGAUUGAGACUAAACUUUUGCAAUUUCAUAUAUUUAUCAAUUGGACUACAAUACAUCUUACACUUAAUGCUAAAUCUUAUAUAUAUCUAGAUCUUUAUUAUUCGAUACGACUGUAAUAAUAAAUGUCGUUUAAAGUUUACCA